AUGAGGGCUGGUGUGCUUCAUCAAUAUUCCGCAGGUCUCAAUACUUUUGAGUACAAGUCACUCACUGCCAGCAAGGCGAAACCGCAUGCAUUGCUACUGAUUGCGGGGCUCUCAGACGGUUUAUGUACUGUACCAUUUAUGAAUGACCUGGCCGUCUCUCUUGAAUCAACAAACUGGUCCGUGUUCUAUGUUCUGCUCUCGUCAUCGAAUACCGGAUGGGGAUUGAGCAGCCUUGAUAAGGAUGUGGAAGAGCUAGGAAGAUGUAUCGACUACGUUAAAGCCCUCAAAGCGCGUGAAUAUCAGGGUGAACCUGGUAAGGUCGCAAUAAUGGGGCAUUCGACGGGAAGUCAAGAUGUUUUGCAUUAUCUCUACACCCAAGCCCCAGAACAGACUAGAUCAGCAGUAGACGGCGCUAUUCUCCAAGCACCAGUCUCCGAUCGAGAGUCCACUCUUUCCAUACUCGAAACUGGUACUGCCAAUGACUCCGCGGAGGUUGUAAACGAAAUAUUUUAUGAGCUGGUUGACGUUGCAAAGUCCAACCUGAAUGAAACAGAUAACGGCUACAUCUUGCCCGUCUCCAUGACAUCACGCAUAGGGUUUCCAUCAAACGUCGCGGUCAGCAGCAAACGCUUUUUGAGCCUAACCAGCCCAGAUAGCCCAGAAUCACCACUGGAGGAUGACCUGUUUAGUUCUGACCUUGAAGAUAAACGGCUGCAAGAGACAUUCGGCAUGAUUGGGAAAAGAGGUCAUUUGAAAGGAUCAAUCCUUGUGUUGCCUGGAGGUUCUGAUGAAUACAUACCGGAAUGGGUAGAUAUGGAAAGUUUACUCAAGAGGUGGGAAACCGUCACUAAGGCUGGUAGUGAUAAUCCUGCUAUUUGGAAUGAGAAUAGCGGCGUUGUCCCUGGAGCAAGACACUCUCCUCAAGGGAAGUGGCAAGUUAAACCUAUACAGGACUUGCUAUCGAGAGUCCAAAAAUUCCUCGCUAGUCUCGAACUAUCUUAA